AUGGCCUCAAAGAUUGCAAUUGCUUCCCUUAUUGCCUUGUCGGCUGCCUCGGAGGGCCUUCGGCCAUGGGAGGCUCCUGGCCCGGACGACUUGAGAAGUCCUUGCCCAAUGCUAAAUACACUGGCAAACCAUGGUUAUCUACCUCACAACGGCCGCAACAUCUCAGCCCAACAAUUUGCCGAUGCAGCUCUUGAAGUUGUAAAUAUCGAUGGCAUGGCCAUCAAGCAGGUUGCCAAUUACUUUCUUAGGGCUGCGAAUCAGUCCUUCAUCGACUUAACGGACUUGAAUCGCCCUGGCAUCCUGCAGCACAUUGCCUCGCUCACUCGAGACGAUGUUAAAGACCCUGAUAGUGUAGAUGUCUCGGCAUCUCAAGAUCGAAUUCACCAUCUUAUACAAGACAGCGAUACCGACUGCAUUACAGUUGCUUCACUUGCAAAGACUCGCUUACACGUUGAAGAUCUGUCUUCUCCACAGGAAUUGACUGUUAAGGAGCAGAGCUUGGCAUAUGUCGAAGCAGGUCUCCUGCUAUUGGUGAUGAAUGACGGUCCUGUUCCAUCUGGAUGGAGCUUUCCUCCAGCGACCGCAUAUUGUGCUCCAAAGAAAAGAGUAGAAACGUGGUUGACAGAAGAAAGAUUCCCAGAAGAACUGGGGUGGAAGAAGUCGGAGCGAACGCUGGGCCUCGUUGACUUUGUGCCAGUCAUCAAGGGCAUUUUUGAAGAAAAGAGAUUGCAGGCUGGGAAGGGACCGUUGUGGAAAUCCUUCAUCCCCUCCUUUCUCCAGCAGGAGACGGAUACCAACAGCGAGCUAUGA